GAAACCGCGUCCCAGAACUCGUACCCGAUUCCCAAGCCGUUUCUGAGUCUCAACCCCCGCGGAGAUAGUAUAUAUAUAUAUAUAGUACAGGGGCCCCUCAUCACCCUCUCCGCUCCCGCUUUUGUUCUUUCCCCCGCGAUCCGAAAAAUCCGCCAGUGCCACAUACUUACCAUACGAGUGCAGAUAGAUCUCAAGAUCCCAUGAUUAUAAAACUGUUCACGUUCAGGUUCCUCGUUUCCCUGCGUACAGUACAAGUGUGUGCUUCCGGACCCUCUGAUUCUAGCUUCCCCUGCGGAUCUUCUCUUCUGUUUGUCGUUCGUGAGCACGGGACAACUCAAACCAGCUCCGAUGCUCCGCCAUUUGAGGCUCAAGGGAUCAGCCCAUGCCAUAAAGAACAUGCAAAAUGCAAUGCAAAUGCAUGGAUGCGGUAAUCGAUUGGAUAUGUCGCUGAAGGCUAUUUCUUGGGUAUCGUUGACCAUUUACAAAGCUAGCGGGGCUGCCACUAGUGUUGGGGGAAGAGUGAAAAUGGAGGGACCGGCCGGGCUUAUAAGCCGUGCGUCUUAAUGACCGCGCGCGCCGAACAUCAGCUUCGUCAUUUACAC